GAUCGGAUCGGGGCCGCGCGCAGGAAAGCGGAUGACCACCAAGGAGCUGUCACGUCACGGAUCCGCAGCGAGAUGCUGAGGUGACAAGCAGAAGAGGGAACGGCACGACCUUUCUCCCCGUCCCUCCACACAAUAUUUCCCCUCACACCAGUUCUAGUUUUAUUGGGGGGGGUUUCCCCUCCGAUCACGCCAACACCGCCUCCUCUCUGCCUAUCCCUAUGGACGGUCCGCGCGUCAUGGCAUUCCUCUCGAUGUCGUACGCGCCGCUUCGAAACCUUGAGGAUAUUUUGUAACCACACCCGGCUCUUCUUUGGAUCAAGGAUUGCCGAGGUCUCUGCAUCAGCUUCCAAAUGCCCGGCCCAGUGUGAGGCUCCUGGUCAAAGAGCAGCAGCGAGGGCAGCGUCCCCGGAUCCGCAGACGGGAUGAGCGGGGGAGCGGAGCAAGCCGACAUCCUGAGCGGCCUCUCCCUGGUCAAGGAGCGAUGGAAAGUGGUAAAGAAGAUAGGGGGUGGCGGUUUCGGGGAGAUCUACGAGGCGCAGGACCUGCUGACGCGGGGCAGCGUGGCGCUGAAGGUGGAAUCGGCCCAGCAGCCCAAACAAGUGCUAAAGAUGGAGGUCGCCGUCCUGAAGAAGCUCCAGGGUAAAGAUCACGUGUGUCGCUUCGUGGGAUGUGGCCGGAACGACCGCUUCAACUACGUGGUGAUGGAGCUUCAGGGUCGAAACCUGGCAGAUUUGAGGAGAAGCAUGCCUCGGGGAACGUUCAGCAUCAGCACCACCCUGCGUCUGGGGCGCCAGAUCCUGGAGGCCAUAGAGAGCAUCCACUCUGUUGGAUUUUUGCAUCGGGACAUCAAACCGUCCAACUUCGCCAUGGGCCGCUUCCCCAGUACCUGCCGGACUUGCUACAUGCUGGACUUUGGCUUGGCUCGUCAAUUCACCAAUUCCUGUCAGGAGGUCCGCCCUCCUCGUCCAGUCGCAGGCUUCAGGGGAACAGUUCGCUAUGCCUCUGUCAAUGCGCACAAGAACAAGGAGAUGGGUCGUCAUGACGACCUGUGGUCUCUCUUCUACAUGUUGGUGGAGUUUUUGGUCGGUCAGUUGCCGUGGAGGAAGAUUAAAGACAAGGAACACGUGGGGAAGCUGAAGGAGACGUACGACCAUCGCCUGAUGCUCAAACACCUGCCGGCAGAGUUUGGUGUAUUCUUGGAACACAUUUGCAGCCUUGACUACUACACCAAGCCUGACUACCAGCUGUUGAUGUCGGUGUUUGACAACAGCAUGAAAACCUACAACGUUGUGGAAAAUGACCCUUACGACUGGGAGCGAACCAGCACUGAUGGCACAAUGACGAUAAGCGCCAGCGCCACAACACCGCAGCAUCACACCCGACUCACUCCCGCGCAGAUGGGCAUGGUGAACGCCUCUCUGAUCCCCGGCGACUUGCAGAGGGAGAACACAGACGAGGUUCUGCAGGACGAGCAGCUCAGUGACGUGGAAAACAACCCCAGUCCCGACCGCGUGCCGGGAUCCCCCCACCACCAGCAUCGCAACCAGGAGGCCGACGUCUGGGAAGAGCUGGACCGAAACCGGAACCGGAUCAGGACGGGACACCUGAAGGCUGCAGCAGAGGAGGAACAAGGCAACAUCCAGGCCAGACAAGGACACCAGAGCCCCUACGCAGGACCGAGUCUGGGCUCUCCUGUCAAACCACACUCGGAGGCAGUGGCUUCCGAUCGGGAGGGCCCUCUGCUGAGAAAGCUGCGCAACAUCCACAGCUUGGAGCUGGAGAGGAGGCUGGGCCUGGAGUCAAAGUCCAGCCCAGAGCGUCUCCUGGAUAACUGUUCAGGGAAACAGCAGUUUGGUGCCCCGCACCAGGGCAAGGAGGCUGCUGUCGUUCCAGCAGCUCAGGGUCAAGCUGGGUCCGCCGGGGAGCGCCCUGAUCGCGUCUGGCAUUACGACGAGGAGUUCCUGUCCGGAGCUGGUUCUCCUAAACCGGCUUCACCGGGGUCUUUUGAGCAAGGAGAGGGGGCGGCCAGCAGUGGUGGCUUUGUGGCGCUUAAUCUGAGCUCUGGGAGGCAGGACAUUGACUCAAGGGAGUGGGUAAUGGUGGAGCGGCCCAGUGGCUCCCCUGGAGCCAAAGCCACGACAAGCCCAUCGGAGGAGGAUGAGGAGCCAGAGGUGCUCCAACCACAGGAAGCGUCUCCCGGAUGGGAAAAGAGAAGCCCAACCCCUAACUCUGGCAAAGCUAAGCAAGAAAGUGCGGCUUCCUCCAAAGGAAGCGUAAGAGUGGACAAGUUGGAGCUCAGUGUGGGCCCCAUGGGGGCUCUGCCUCCUAUUACCCCAACCAGCCCAGCUGAAGCUCUGGCUGAGGGAAUCCUGACUCAGUUCCCCACCUCUCCUCCGUCUCUACCCGAGGAGGUCUUGGCACGGACAUCCAGCCCCAUCCCGCUACGCUCUCCCAGCCCUCACACCCUCCUCACCACGCUGUCGGACCCGCUGCACCUGCGCCAGUCAGCGGGCCUGAGGCGCAGCCAGUCCGCCGACCAGCAGCCGCAGCAGGACCGCCCGUCCUCCUCCACCUCCUCCCUCCCUCUGCCAACAAACCCUUCCCCGGGCGCUCGCUCGCCCAGUCGCAGGAAACUGCCGGCCAUCCCCGCCGGUGCCGCCAACGCCAAGUUUCCCUCAGUCAUACGUAUCACCCGCGCCCAGCUUCAGCAGCUGACAGCUCAGCGUCCUUCAGGUCUGUCCUGGCAGUCGGGAUCAGACAGCGCUCCACAGUGCCUCCUGCUGGAGAGGCAUGGUGAUGCUGAAGGUGAGAUUCAGCAGAUCAACUCCCAGCAGGAACAUGCGCCCACCCAUCCGGGAACUCCGACGGACCCGCUGGCUGGGACGCUGGCAAAUGGGGAUGCUCACGCUCACGCCAAAGCUCAGAGCCCCGUGCCAAGCCGCGCGUCUUCGCCUCGCUCCCCCCGCUCCUCCCACUCGCCUCCUCAGUUCUCUCCUCGCAGCCCCCUUUUUCCAAAUGGCUGCAUCUCUCCGCCUUGUAAUGCCCAAGUCGCCGGAGAGCUCUGGAAACACAAAGACCCCGACAAUGACGCCACCCCGACCCCAUGUGUGAUGGAGGCAAAGACUAGGGAGGAAGACAGGGGCAACGUGGCUCUUACCCCCUCCUGCUCCUCGUCCGCUGCCCCCCGCAAGGACCCCAGCCGCAGGCAAAGUCGCAUCCCCGUGCUUGAGCCCUCCAGCCUGCUCGAGCUCCCCCCUCCGGGGUCUGCCAAGGAGAAACUUCUGCAGAAAAAAGCCAGCCACCACGGCCCCGUCCCUUCUCCCACCGCCUCCCCGUCCCUCUCUGACCGCCGUGGCGCCGCUGUAGCCUCCCUCGUCAGGGACCCGCUGUCGUCCGCCUCCGACCGCUCUCAGGAUGAGGACUCCCUCGUCGGCUCUCGCUCUGACCGCCAGGGGGACGAGGGUUUGUCCUUGUCCUCCUCCUCCAGCCCCCUCUCUCGGAAGAGCAGGAUCCCUCGUCCCGUUCACUCGGCCGCCUCCGCAGAGCAGCUGACCGCCCAGUUCCUUCCACGCCCGCCCCCGGGGAAGCCACCUUGUCGCGCCCCAGUGGAGGGCAGACUCAGGCGCUACCGCAUCCGGGCCGGCAGCACCGGCGACUCGGACCUCCUGUCAUGCAUCGCUCAGCUGAUGCACGGCUCCCGCGGCUCCCCUCUCCACCACCGCUCUCCGGUGCAGCAAGGGGCCUCCAGGAUGGGCGUCUGCAGCCUGACCAGCUCCCCGCAUCACCACCACCACCACCACCAUCCCCACCACCGCAGCUCCAGCGCCUCGCCGCGCAGCUCCUCCUCACUGCAGCGCUCCGUCAGCUCCUCGCCGUCCCGCCACGAGCACCGCGGCGGGGGAAGCGGUGGCUGCCUGGGCCGGAGCCACUCGCCGCCCAGCUUCUCGGGGUCGCCGCCUCCGCGUCGCUUCUACCUCCACCACCAGGAGACGUGUUGCAGUCGGCAGGCGCGCACGAGCCCACUCCACCUGUCCCGGGGAAAGGGCUGCAGCCGAGAGGGGAAGUGCUCUAGCAAGCUGAGCAGAUAAUUUUGCGCCAGAUAGUAACACCAUAGCAAAGGAGGUGAGGAUUCCAGUGAUGAUAGGAUAGAUAUCAAUCGGAAAAUAAGCCUGAGUCUUCCUGUUCAGUCAGUAAAAUACCCAGUUUCCCUUCCGUAUUAUUAGUUCCAGACCUCCUUCUCUUCCAAGCGUUCCCCUCCUUCCGUGUUUGCACACAGGGUUUGUCUGACCUUUCAGAUGUUUUGACUACUUGGUAACUAAAAUAUCAGCUUUCAUUUCAAUUUCAUCUUUCAAACUGAGCCUCGCGGGUAUAACUAGCAACAACAACAACAACAAAAAAACAACAAAAACGGCUGCAUCCGGAAACUUGUUUUACUAAAGCUGUGUCUUUAUCAUGCUGCAGGCAGUAGUAUAAUAUAGAACAAUAGCUAAGUUGAGCCUGUAACUUUGACCUAUCCUAUACAUUGACAUACACCAAUCAGGCAUAACAUAACCACCCACAGGUGAUGGGGCAACUUUGACUGAGUAGGAUAGUAGUAGGGAGCAAGUGAAUAUUUUCUCCUCAAAGCUGAAAAACUGUGAGGAUUUGUGAGAGUUUGGCAAGAGCCAAGUUGUUCUGGAUCAGUUUCUCUAAAGCUGCUCGUCUUUUAGGUCGAUCCUUGUCUGCAGUGGUUGGUAUCAAUUAAAAGUGGUCCAAAGAGGGAGCAAUAGUGGGGGAGAGAAGUUGAUCGGUAUAAGCUAACACAUCUGGGUGGUUCUGUGGUCCGACCAAACAAAUGAAAUACUACUGCUCGAUAGCUUAAGAAAAUAGUGCCAUUUCUAAUAGAAAAGUGUCACAACACGCAGUGCAUCACAAUUUGUUGUGCAUGCACCUGCAUGCACCACCCUCCUCAGCAUGACGCUGACCUUCCCUGCCCUCCACUGAUCAUUAACAACCCCUUCUCUGGCCAGUUGAGCAUCUGAACUCACCCAAAGCAAUGAAAAGAAUUUUGGCCGUUCUGAUUAAUCACCUUUUUUUUUUUGGAUUUUAGAUCAAAUGGAGAACGUGUGUAAUCUGGGGAAUAUGUGUGAUAUGAGCAGUUGCUCAAGAUGGCAUUAAAAAACUGGAUGGCACCAGAUUAAAAAAACAACAACAAAAACUUCUGUACUGAAUAAGUUACUCUGCAGUGGGGAGUUGGCAACCUGUGCUUGCUGCGGAGGGAGACUGAGGAAGGUGGUUUGUGGAGAACUUCACAGGAUUUUAUUGUGUCCCGGAAUCUCAAACCUCCUCCAUUUUCAUUGGUUGGAGUUUAGCACAGGGUACCAUUCAGGCAAGAACUGCUGCUGCUUAGAAACACUUGCGACUAGGAAACCAUGUUAGUAGAAGGUAGCCCAGGAGAAGAAGGGUGAUGCUUUUGAUGAUGUUUCGUUGGGUUUCGUCCCUUUCACCAGGUGGCUGUUGUGUUACUGUAGACCAUGCUGAACAUCUUUUCGUGGAAGUAAUGAUCCAUAGCGGCUUGGGCCUCUUUUAGCAGAACAAUGUGCCCUGUGUCGGAACAAAAUUGUUUCAGGAAUGCUGUUAGGUUUUGACUUGGCCUCUAAUUCCUCCAGAUCUCACUGGAAUCAAGCCAUUUUUGGAUAUUGCAACUUAUGGGAUCUAGGAGGAUCCUGCUUACCCUACCACACUCUCUGGAGUCCAAACCUCGAUGGGUCAGAGCUGUUUGGCAGCUGAUACCAACCCACUACCAGGCAGGUGGUUAUAACAUUAUGCCUGAUUAGGUGUUAGUAGCGGUUUAAUCCUUGUUUUUUUUUGUGUGUGUGUGUGUGUGUUUUUUUUAAUGCACUUGGGAAUUACAGUGUAGCUGAUUCCAACUCAAUGAAGAAUUUGCCUUGUUUCUUCUUUUGGAGGCUGCACACAGGGUAUUAUAGUGCAUUAUUUUGCUAAAUUAAGCUAUACUUUGUCUAAAGUUGUUUUUAUUGAAGUAUUUAUUGUAAAGCUUCUUCAAACCUCCUUCCCCAGAUGUGUGACCAUCACAUUAGUUUUAAGAUCGCUCAGUGACCCUCUAUACAAUCAGCCGUGUAAAGUGCGUGACAUCGCGCACCGUUUUGUGCCUACUGUGAUGCUGUGAGGUUAACUUAGGAUCUUUAGGACAGGAAUUAGUGGAUCAUGUUUUUGUUUUUUUUGUUAGUUUUUUUUUUCUCCAAGUGGUCAUGGUUGGCGUAUGCUGAACAGCAUAAGGUGUAUUACUGGUGAGUAAUACAUGGACGCAGACGUUUCUCUCAGCAUGUGCCUUGGCACUUUUGGCAGCUUAAAGAUUUACUCUCAUGUGUUUGUAAUUUGGGAAUAAAAGGCCAAAAAGACUUGUGCCAGCACUUAAAAAGUCCAACCUUUACAUUAAUCUUCAAUUCUAUGACCAAGGUAGCAAGACGGGCAUUUUGUAGUUUUUGGACAAAGUAGCUCUUACUAUUUGGGGGGAGGGACAGUUUUUAAAUUUCAGGGUUGAUGUAUAUCUAUGUGUCGCUGUUUUUGUCUUUGAACAAAAGCAACCUCAAAAAAGCCCAAAAACAAACAAAAAACAAAGCCCCUCUGAAAAUCGAGGCCAUAUGAACAUGCAUUUCAUAAAACAAAACAAUGCUUUAAACCUCCAUGUAUCCUGCACUGAAGACCAUUCCUGGCUGCUGUUUUCUUAUCUUAUCUCCUCGCUGCUCCUCCUCCGGACCCUCUGCUUGUACGAUACUGCUAACUUCAGCCUCCUUCAACUGCCACUCUUUGCAUGCCGAGAAAACGCAGACACAUAUACCAGCUGCUGAGCAAAAGAGUCGCACAGCAUGUUCCAUCAAGUGGUAUUCUUCUUUUAACCCAAUGAGAGCAUCAUUACCUGAAUAAGUCAACAGUCUUAAUUCGUGAGACCCUGUGUCUUUGUGCUUCUUGUCCUGAUUUGGGUCAAUUAUGUUGCUGCUUACGGUGUCUUGGAAAAGUACUGACACAUCUCCAAAAGUUGUACUCGAGUACGAGCAGCGCUUCUUCAGAAAUAUUUUUCCUCAAGUAGAAGUAAAAAGUAGCCGUCCGAGAAUUCACUCAAUCAAGAGUGAAAAAUAUUUUAAAACCACAUCAUCAAAUGGACUGAAAUACGAAGUUAUGUGGAAGUUUUGGUAUUUUUAAAAAAUCUAAAUGAAAAUAACUCGUAUAAAUAACAUAAUUUCAACAUAACAAAAGCAGGCAAAAUAAACAUUUUUCCAAAUCAAUUUCUUUCUGUAUAAAACCUAUGAAACUUCAACAAAAACACUUUAGUUGCAUAAGGUCUAAGUCCGGUGAAUUUUUGGUUCAAAGAAGCUUCUUCUUCAUUCAGUGAAGUUACUCACAGUAGGUAGUGUAUCUAGAAAAGUUACAUUAAUAAGAGAAGAACAUACUUCAUAAUGAAACUACUCAAGUAAAAGUAGUAAAUGUACAUGUAACUUGUUAUUACCCAAAUCUGCUCAUGUUACAAUCACAAACUGAAAUUUAUUUUAUUGGGGAUUUAUGUGAUACAACAAAAUAGUUCAUAAUUGUGAGGGGAAAGGGACUGGUAUAAGGUUUACACAAUUUCUACAAAAGUUCAGAUUGGAUGGAGAGUGACUGAACAUACACUUUCAGAUUAUCAAUUGAGCUUAGGCCUGGACAUUGACUAGGCCAUUCUACCAUGAAUAUGAUUAGAUUUAAAUAUUCCAUUGUAGUGUCCAGUCUUUUGCAACCUAUUCCUUGUUUAGCCCUCCUGGGCUGCUCUGGAUUUAGUUUUAUUGACCCACGAUCAAUGCCUUGCUAAAAGAAAGUGUCCGAACCGUCAUGAUUCACCAUGGGAACUGUGCUACAAUGGCAGAUGUAGUCAUGUAGUGCAUUACAUUUGGAUUUUAUGUGCUUUUAUUUGGCCUGCAUUUGUAUUCAAAUAUCAUGUUUUGAUAUUUAUCCCGAUUCCGCUAAAUAAGAUCCUGUCGCUCUAAACGUUUGACAAACAGUGGAAAGUAUGCAUAUUUUUGCAAGGCACUGUACAUGAUGCUGUUUUUAGUAGUGCAUUCCACUAAUCCGAUGCACAAAAUGGAGGAGAUUGUAGUUGUAUGAGAUCCUGUGUGAUGGGAUGCUGCUAUACAUAAGGACAAAGACAAUAGUGAUAUUGCCAAAUAUUCUAAUGGCUCGAGCUGAGAUGCGGCUCGUUUGCAGAUGUGAAAUGGUCCUGCUUCUUUCGACUCACGCAGAUUAGUCUCACCAAGCAGCUCUGAUGACUCAUCCCGAAGGCAGACAGCGUUCAGUCAGAACAGCCUUAAUGCCUCUUCCCUGCCCCUCUGUAUGUAUAGCGAGGGAUGACUGAGCCUUGUCUGUGCUGGAGAUCGUUUCACUACCAGAGCAAAAACCGAGUAUUCCUUUCUUCUCUCCUGUCCGUACGUGCUACCGUUCCCUGGAGAUCCAUGAGAAAGAAAAAAAAAAAAGGCAAACUUUUCUGUGCGAAGCUAACCUGAAAUGUACCUGUGUUCCACAAAUUAAAUAAGAAAAACUUGGGGGGAGCUGGUCAAUCUCCGUGGCGUGUGUUUGUAGGGAUUUUUAUUUAUUUACUUUUUUAUUAUUUUUUACAUCCAAUAUGUGAACUGUCCCGCGUCGACUCGCAGACAUCGAAGUACCCUCAGCUUUUAAAAUUCAUUACGCAGACUUUUAAUAAGUACCUGUAAGAUAUUCAAAGUCAUAUUUAAAUUGAAAAAAUAAAACAGUGUUGUAAAAAAAACAAUAACAUAUGCUUCAAUGAGAGGAAGGAACAAAUGCUAAACAAUGCUGCUGGUUUUCUAUGAUAAUCAGAUUUCUUCAUGGUUUUUAUUAUUAAUGCACAGAAGUGGUGUGUGUAGUCGUAGUGUUAAGUGUUUCUGUCCAACUUAGAUUUCCUUUGUCACUUUUGAAAGUGACUCGCAGGUUGAAAGGUGUCAUUUGUUUUGGUGUUAGUGGUUCCUUCUACACACAGACCAAAAGAACAAACUGAUAUGUUCUGGUUUUCGUUUUCUUCUUCGAAAAGUGAGAUAAAAUAAAAACACUGUUCAUGUCACAACAUCAGAAUACUUGUCAAUGACUUAGAAAUGCCUAUCUUGAAUUUAUUUAUUGUGACAUUAGCCUCAACUUUAUUUUAAAUUAAAAAAUUCAGAUUUUUUUUAAUGUUUUUUUUUUCCGGUAGCAUAUGUCAUUGUUUUGAAAUGUCACUGUACAGCUUCAAGGAAGGAAUGUAACAAGUGGGAGUUUUGAAUUGUAUAUACCUGUAAUUAUUUAUGUUUGAUAUUUUAUUUGUAUCAUAUAAAUGCCUUGUACAGGGUUUCUUUAAUUUUGUUUUUAUUUUAGAAUUAUUUUGUAUUUUAUUUUUAUAAACUGGUUAUGAAUAAAAUACUCAUUCCGCAUGCAGACAGAACUGUUUGACAUAUUCUUGUUUAGGAUUCUUGGCGCUACAUGAAGAAAUAAUUUAUACGACCCUGCUCAUGCUGUGUAAAAUGUAAAUAAAAACCUUACAGUAAA